UCUGCGAAAUAGUACGAGUUGGUUUUUACACUAAAUCGGCUCUAGUGGUUUCCGAGUUACAGCAAAUCGAUUGUAAUAAUCGCACAAUCAAGCGGCACCGAAAAACCAUAGACCCAUAAAUCUAUCCAUAGACAUUCAAGUUAAUUUUUUACGUUGUUGUCAAACAUAAAUCUGUUAAAUCUAACCUUUACCACCGGUGUAAAAUCUGCAAUUUUGCAAUUAUUUUCUAGCUUUAGAGACAAAAUGAAGGAAAAUAAUGGACAAGACAUUGAUACCAGGAAUGUUGUUAAGAACAGGGAGUUGCUUUAUCGCAUGAUCAUCAGCCAGCUGUACUAUGAUGGCUUCCAGCCCGUAGCCGCUACAUUGGCUGCGGCAGUGCAUGCAGACCCAUGCCCUCCGAGUGACAGGUUACUGAAUGUGAUGAUGGUUGGUCUCCAGCAUGAGCCAGAUCGCAAGGACCGUCUGGCUGCCUCCAGCGCAGCGGAGCACUUGCUGGGAACUACAGGCUUCGACUUGGAGUACGAAAUGGACGCACCCUCCCUCGCCCCCGAACCAGCAACCUACGAGACGGCCUACGUGACCUCACACAAGAUGGCGUGCCGCGCCGGCGCAUUCAGCGCGUGCGGGCAGCUAGUGGCUACGGGCAGUGUGGACGCUAGUAUCAAGAUCUUGGACGUGGAACGUAUGCUGGCCAAAUCGGCGCCGGAAGAAGUGGAUCCGGGCAGAGAGCAGCAGGGGCACCCUGUUAUUAGGACUCUAUACGAUCACACGGACGAGAUAACUGCCUUGGACUUCCAUCCUCGUGAGCAAAUCUUAGUAUCGGCCUCUCGUGACUGCUGCAUUAAACUGUUCGACAUAACCAAGGCGAGCGCGAAGAAAGCAUACAAGAGUAUCACGGACGCCGAGCAAGUUCUAUGCGUAGCCUUCCAUCCCCUCGGCGACCACAUCAUAGCUUCCACCACCCACCCCGUCAUACGUCUGUAUGACGUCACAACCAGCCAAUGCUUCGUGUGCCCAGUACCGAGCCAUCAUCAUACCAAACAAGUCAAUACUAUCAAGUUCUCCCCAAACGGCAAAUACUUCGCAAGCGGCAGCGCCGACGGCUGUAUCAAGCUGUGGGAUACAGUCUCGAACCGCUGUUUCAACACAUUCGUGAACGCGCACGACGGAUACGAAGUAUGCUCCGUGGCUUUUACGAGGAACAGCAAGUAUCUCCUGACUUCUGGCCUGGAUUCUUCUAUAAAACUAUGGGAGCUGUCGAGCAGCAGGUGCCUUAUUCAGUACACCGGGGCCGGAACUACUGGCAAGCAAGAACACCACGCGCAAGCCAUAUUCAACCAUACUGAAGACUACGUAAUAUUCCCCGAUGAAGCCACUACAUCCUUAUGCACUUGGCAUUCGAGAAGUGCUUCGAGAGGUCAACUCAUGUCGCUGGGGCAUAAUGGCGCUGUAAGACACAUCGUGCACUCGGGCACGGCGCCCGCCUUCCUCACGUGCAGCGACGACUACCGCGCGCGCUUCUGGUUCAGGCGGAACACGCAUUAAUAUCUACACUAUACGAAUGAGGGCACGCAUUAACCUUUUUGACGCCAGUGACGGAUAUAUCCGCAUAGGUCCAACGCCGAAGACGGAUUAAUCCGGCACAGACCGCACGUAGGUCUAUGUUGCUCUGUGGUCUGCAUAGAGAUAUAAGUAAGGAUUGGUAAGGAUCAGACAUAGUAUGAACAUGAACAUGUAACCGAGCAACCAGGGGUAAGAGAAAGACAUGUUACUGUAUUGACAGUUUCAUGUAUGGCAGCAUAAUCCUUUUUCUCUUUCACUCUUAUAAAUUUCGGUAUUUCGCCAUCGCCUCCUUGCUAUGAUGCCAUAACCCGACUAUGAAAAAAUGCCCGGUCGGUGAAAGCAUGGCACUGUUUUCUCUUUCCUCUUAUAGGAAACACAAUAAGACUAUCUUUCUCUAUCAAAGAGUGUCAGGCCCUUGGUAAGGAUAAUAUCAACAACAACUGAACAAUUUUCAGCUAAUAUUAUAACCGGAUUAACCGGAACUCUAUUUGCAACUCCUGCUUGUAAUAUUAGUUUUAAAUUGUUUUAACAGUACAUUUUUCGUCAGUUGCGAUACUCGUGACAUCUGGUGUCGAGUAGUACUGAUAAAUCCACUACUUGACGAUAAAUGUCGACUACGAAAUAACCCGCGUUUUUGUAAGAAAACUGACGUAUGGAGUUAGUACUCUAUGCUUACUUUUUUCUCUAUGCAGACUACAGAGCAAUAUGGACCUACGUGCAUGUGCAUAAAGUUCAAUUUCAGUUUUGACACUUCGGUGACGUGGCGUCCGAGUGACAGCUUUUGUGUUUGACACGGCGUCGAAAAGGUUAAACGUAACAUAAUUAAAACUUUUUAAUAAUGCAUUUAUGGCUCUUGUGGUAAUUUUGCAAAACCACGGACGUAUUGCGUAUUUAAAUAAUUAUUUGACUUAGUGAUUGUAAGAAAUUAGAUUUUAAGUUCAUUCUCAAAAUAAAAUUAUAGGUGUAA